AUGGUGACGGACGAGGACAAUGCGACGAUAGAGCGCAUGGUGAGCGAGGGCAAGUCGGCCAUGGCCAUCCGCGCCGCCGUGCCCAAUGUGUCGCGCACAAACGUCUAUCUCAAGAUCGCAAAGUUCAAGAAGCACGGCACCGUGGGUCGCGUGCAGACAAAGACGCUGGGCAGGCCGCGUGCCAUGAGCGAGGGUGUCGACAAGUUCUUGCAGGGCCUGCUUGCCGCCAAACCAGACAUGGAGCUCGACGAGAUGCGCCGCCAUCUGCAGAAAGAACUGCAACUGACGGUGUCCAUGUCGACCAUCUCGCGCGCCAUUUCGCGAGCAGGCAUCGCCCCUGAGAAGAGGCCUGUCCGUACACGCGCCACCGCAUCUACCUCUACCGCCGCCCCUCGUCGCCGUGCCGCCAACAAGGUCACCGUCCAGAAGGAUGCCGUCCAGCCUUUGACACAGCAGCUUCCUCUCCCGAGAUAUGUCCCUCAACACGUCCCGAUCGACCAUCUCGCCGAACUUCCGACCGAUGCCCAUCUUCUUGACCCUUGGCAGGACUUGACUGUACCUCCACCGCAACAUCCGCAUCACCAUACACAGCUGCAAUCACACCACCUGCAUGUCCUCGAUCCCUCUCUUGCUCCGUCUUACCACAACGUUGCAGUCUACCACGAUCUGUACGCAGAUCCCGACCCUCAUGUCAUGGCUAUGAAUGCCUCUGCCCUGGAUGUUUACAGAAGUCCAUAUGCUCCUCUCUGA